AUGCUGGGAGACUCGCUGGACUAUGAUCCCACCGAGGAUAUUACUGGGAUGCUCAUGUCGAGGGACUCUCUCGAGUCCCUCGACGAGCUGAUCUCGGUGACGAGGUCAUACAAGCUGGAGUUGAGUAAGGAGAUUAAGCAAUUGGAACUGGAGGACAGCGGGGAGGCUGCUACAGAGUCGGAUGCGCUGGCUCUGUUGCAGACGCUUAUCGAGGAGUAUGAAGUCACGAAGGAGACUUCCAUGCGCACCCAGCAGAGUAUCAUGGAUGUCACACAGGGUAUAUCCAGACUGGACAACGCAAAACAGAACCUGUCACAGACCAUGUCUUUCUUCCAGAACUUGAAGAUUCUCACAGACUGCUACAUACAAUGCAAACAACUCCUGGACUCAGGCUCCUUCCGCGAUAUGGUAUCGCCCUAUAGGAUAAUGUACUCGCUGGCGGGCACCACUUUUGCUCCUUACAAGUCAGUCCAGGAGAUCAACAAGCUACUGACCUCCGUGAACAGACUUAAAUCGGAAGUGUUCGAUAGAAUAAAGCAGAAGUUCCAGCAAUUGCUCUCUCAGCAGGAGAUACCGCCGCAGGAGGAUACACAACAGCAUAACGAACUGAGAGACGGCGCUUGCGAGCUUUUGGAUUCAGACCAGAGCGCAAAAUCCACACUGAUUGACUGGUUCAUAUCCAAACUUCUGUACGAGAUGAAUGAAAUCUUCCAAGUCGAUGACGAGGCUGGUUCCCUCGAGAAUCUUGCAAGAAGAUAUAUAUACUUCAAGAGGGUGCUAAAUAACUUUCACUCAAACCUGGAACAAUUCUUCCUGCCGUCCUGGGAUUUACCAAUGCACUUGACCGAGACAUUCAUGGAAACGACAAGGAAAGAUCUAAACAUUUUGUUAAAGCGUGAAUUUCAGGACAAAUCACCUACUAUUGACUUAUUCAUGAAUGCACUUCAGGAGACUUUAGAAUUUGAGAAUUAUAUCAAUGUGAGGUUUUCCAAAAAGCUGAACGAUAAACCAAAACUGAGUACUUGCUUCCAACCAUACCUAUCAGUUUGGGUCUCUCAUCAGGAUAAAUUAAUGGAUAAGAAACUGCUGUCAUAUAUGAGUGAUCCCAAGUUUCCUGAAAACUCUACAGACUCUUUCAUUGUACCAUCUAGUGCAGACUUAUUCCGGAAUUAUAGAGCUAUCCUCACACAGUCGUUAGAGUUGGUGCAAGAAAGUGAGAACACUGCGGUUUUAACAGCAUUAGCUACAUUUUUUACAAAAUGGUUGGGUUUGUACGCCAAUAAAAUCCUAGAGCCAUUGAUAUUACCAGAUAACGUUGAAGUUGAAGACAAAAGAGAAUGUGCCAAAUAUACAGUUCUAGUUAUUAAUACUGCAGGAUACUGCUCUACUACAAUUGAGCAGCUAGAAGAAAGAUUACUCGAAUUCACAUCUGCAUCUGAGCAGAUUAAUGGAAUAUUCAUGCAAACGAAAAGUAAAUACGAUGAUUUGGCCGCUAAAGGGAUAAACUUCCUAUUGAACCGUUUGAUUACUGUCGAGAUCUCAUUUGUAUGGAGAGAGUUUAAGAAUGUCGACUGGAGCAAUGUCAUGGUAGAGGAUUACAGUAGAUACAUGCAAACGUUGAAGACAUUACUCAAAGUUACAAGAAGCCAACCAAACACAGAAGGGAACGUUACAAUCUUGGAAUAUAUACUGAAAACUUUUAACAGAGAUAUAUACAAGUGGAAUUUCCUGGAUAAGGUUAUCAAUUUGGUAUUCUCUGAAUUCCUGGGCUGCAUACUGAAAUUGUUGCAACCUACUCCACCUUACGCUUCGGCCACAACUAAACCUCGUUUAAAUCCUAGAGCCGUUGUAAAUAUCGGGGAGCAACUUAUGUUAGACUUGGAUUUAUUAUCAAAUAUUCUGAACUCCAUUCCAGAGAAUAUGUCUGGAGAUGGUGAGUCUACUAACAACAGUAGCAUGAAGAGGACUAAGAAGAGAAUUGAAUCUGAUAUGGACAAGUUAAUGAAGCUUGUAAAGCUACUUAUUGCACCUGUAGAUUCUCCUGAAACAUAUGCCGAAACAUAUAACGAGAUUACAGGUGGAAAUGACAACAGUGUUGUUUGGGCGUUCAUUCUAUCUCUGAAAGCAGUGCCCUGGGAUUUGGAACAAUGGAGAGCACUGCGGGCUGCCUACAAGACUAAGCUCGACGAGAGGAAAGAAGAAGGUAAACCAAUCGAUCACAGUAUGCUCAUCAUGGAGUGGGAUUCACGCCCUAUGAUGCAUUUCCAGGCUAACAUCUGCCGUAUCCAGGACCCCGAAUGGUCUAAACUGGUGAGAAACGAGCUUAGAAUCCAUCCACCUGCCAGAACGAUACAACGUCCUGUAACCCCACAGCCACAGGAACCCAGAAGAGGUAUAAGAGAACUUGUAUCUAACUCCAAAUUGUUCGAAAGAUAG